AAAAUUCUAGAAACAUCUUAUCUUUGGCAGAAAACCCCUUUCUCUUGAACCUUCUAGGGUUUUGUUAUCCUCUUCUUACCAAACACACACUAUAUUUUUUGAACAACCUAACUUACUUACUCUCACUACCCCAGUUGAGAAGAAAAAGAAGCCUUCUUUUUGACUCCUAAUUCAGGAAGAAAUGGCGACCACUCAGCUAACGGCAUCAUCCAUUUGUGCAAAGGGUUUUGUAUCCUUUGAAGGGCUUAGGUCAACUGGUAGUGUAAAGGUUGCAUCUUUUGCCCCAUUGAAGCAGAAUAGCAGGUCUUUUCGUAGUCUUGUUGUUAAGGCUGCCACUACUGUAGCUCCUAAGUACACAACGCUUAAGCCGUUGGGCGAUAGAGUAUUGGUAAAGAUUAAGACCGCGGAGGAGAAGACUGUAGGUGGUAUCCUACUUCCAGUAACAGCGCAGUCAAAACCUCAAGGAGGUGAGGUGGUUGCUGUUGGGGAGGGUCGUUCAGCUGGCAAGACUAAAGUGGACAUUAGCGUGAAGACGGGUGCCCAAGUCGUCUACUCAAAGUACGCUGGAACAGAGGUGGAGUUCGAUGGAUCAAAGCACCUCAUUCUGAAAGAGGAUGAUAUUGUUGGUGUUCUUGAGACAGAUGAUAUCAAGGAUUUGCAGCCAUUAAAUGACAGAGUCCUAAUCAAGGUUGCCGAGGCUGAAGAAAAAACCGCAGGAGGCUUACUGUUGACUGAGGCAGCAAAGGAGAAGCCUUCAAUUGGCGCGAUUAUAGCUGUUGGGCCUGGUCCUUUGGACGAGGAAGGGAACAGGAAACCACUUUCAGUAUCCCCUGGAAAUACAGUUCUCUACUCCAAAUAUGCAGGUAGUGAAUUCAAAGGUGCUGAUGGAUCCGAUUACAUUACACUCAGGGCAUCUGAUGUAAUGGCCGUGCUAUCUUAGUUGGAUAUCGAGUCAAUUAUUCCGUGCCAAAAUUUCACUAAGGUUUAGGAAGAGGAAGCUGCAUUCACAUUUCGGCAAACACUGCAAAUUAAUGAUUAAUGUCAAGUGUAGAAUCAAUUUUCUGAACGCACUUCUUUUCUUGAUUUGAGGAAUUUUUACCCUUUUGGGUAUUUUGUAUGUUUUGUACGUUAAAAAGUGAUUGAAAGCUGCAGAUUAUGAAGAUUGGAACUGAA